CGAUAAAGGAUCGCUCUACUCCCGGGGACAGGGAAGGGCUUUUACCCCGGGCUGGCAACGGCACUGGCACAAAAGAUGACAGCCUUGACGGUCCGCGGAACGCAACAGUCCAUUCCUCUUGACGAGGGGGACACUACUAGUCGCCCAGAUCAGUCGCAGGUUAACCGCUGGCUAAGACGUGUCGGAUGCGGUUGCAUUGAGCGACUUUCUGACCACUGGCCUCGCUCGCAUGGUAUAAUUUUUGGGAUCAUAUUACCACUUUGGCUCCUUAUUGGGCUCUCAGGAGCUUUUGGAUAUGGUCUAUCGACGUCAGAAGCAGGUCCAGAGAUCGCAGCAAAUAAUGAUCAAUUAGCAUCGUUUGCGCGUGCACGAGUACUUUCAUCGCUUAUUUCAAAAAUCGCAACGCAUUCGCCAACUCUUUGUUUCAGAGUUUUUUUGGAAACCGAAGCAUCAGAUUAUUUGACCGAACAAAUAAGCGUUAUUGUGGUGGAAAAUCAAUCAUCCGAAAUUAGAUUGAUGAAGGCACUGGAGAUUGAGACGAUGUUUCUGUCUCCCUCAGCAAUGCCACUUUUCCCUGAAAAGUCAAUUGUCAACGCAUCUGAGACUUUAAGCUUUCUUGAACAAUGCAGUGAGCAAAUCCUGCCCAGAAUCCAAGCUUUGUUUCAAUCUCUUGCCACGGAUUCUAUUGGAGCUUUCGACGCCUUGACCUUUAACUGGAAUCGAUGUAACGACGCCCUUACUGAAGCCUUUCUCAACGUUUCACAAUCAGGUUUGAAUCCUUUGUCCAUCUCUGAUACCUUUGCGUCUGAUAAUCAGAAUUCUGACGGUUCUGAAAGUCAGAGAUUGUUCAACAUUUAUUUGAUAGAGCAAAACUUGACCUUAAACAAUAGUCCGCUCAGCGAAGUACUUCAAGCUCGUGUUAAUGCUUUUGGAAAGUCUAUUCACGGUGCAUCUGGCGAGCUGGCUUGUCACGUGAAUAUUCCUGCCGCCGGUAAGAAAAUUACAGAGCGUAUAAUUGUGGUUCUGGUUUACGGUGAUGGCAUCCUUUGCUUUGGUGGUAUUCUCGGUUCUGCGGGAUACAUUGCGAAUGCCAUUUCUGACCAUGCGCUGAUAAGAUUUCGGCUUCGAUGGUUGACCACACCAUGGAAAGCGUCUUUUAUUUGGGCAUCAUUGUACUAUAUGUGGCUGUUUUUCAUUGCUGUAUACUUUCAAAGAUGGCAAAACGAAAGGGUUGACGAGCUCGUAAGCCUCAUGGACUCAUAUUGGCUGGCGUAUAUUUCUACGACAACAGUUGGGCUCGGCGAUUUCUUUUUCCAGCCUGAGGGUCUGAGAGUAUCGGACUUAGCUACUUUGCCACUGUUGUUCUUGUUUGGCUUUAUUUUACUGGCCGGGUUCGUGGGGAAGUUCGCGGAAGCUGUUACAAGCCCUUUCAAGAUGCUCGGCUCCUCGAUUGUUGAUAAAUUAAAGGAGACAAACAAGUUUUGGGAGGACGCAAGCGAAGAAGAGGCGCCCGUUGGACCAGACCUGAUUAACAAGGCUGCUGAAGAGGCAAGCGAAGCCACAUGAGAUCAAAGAGGACACGGACGUGAUUGUCCAGAAGAAAUUGUCCGACACCUACUGGAUAUCGACUGCCAGCACGGCUAUAAGGGGAAAAUUAGGGUGAAUGGUGUGAAUCUCUUUUUUUUAAAUCAUUUUGACGUUUGACAUUUUUCGGCGGACCAGGCUACUCCGUCGAGUACAAGACCGCCUUUGAAGGUCCCGAGCGUUGAACUCUUACAGUUCAUGCCCUUUUUCUAUUUAUCCAUCAAACCUUCGCGAAGCGUUUUGUGGUUGUUUGUGUCCUUCGAGU